AAAAGAGUCCAUCGAUGCAACUACGUGGCCAGCCGCUUUUGCACUCGCAGCACUAAAAUUCGGCCUUUAGCCUUUAGCGUGUGAUCACUGCUCAUUUCAUCGAGGCUACUCAUUCUCAUCUCCUCCCUUAGAAAGCGCUGAAGUCGUUCUUUGAGGCGGACAUGGACCGAAUAUUCGAGGAUGAAGAUCUCCCAGAGAGAGACUCCUGUCCUGACACCCGGAAGAAGGAAGAAGAAAAAGGUGCAGAGCCAUGCCCAGCCUCCUCACUCAAACCGUCCGAGGAAGAUAACGGUAAACUGUCGGUGAUCUCCUGGAACGUGGACGGACUUGACACAGACAACAUUGAGGAGCGCGCCAGAGGCCUGUGUUCCUUCUUAGCCUUAUACACUCCUGAUGUGGUUCUCCUACAGGAGCUCAUUCCUCCCUACGUCCAGUACUUGAAGAAACGGGCCGUCAGCUACCUGAUCAUUGAAGGUGGUGAAGAAGGUUACUUUACUGGUAUGAUGCUGAAGAGGUCAAGAGUCAAACUGGUGGAGAGCGAGACAGUAACUUACCCCACCACGCGGAUGAUGAGGAAUCUGCUUUUAGCUCAAGUGGAUUUCAAAGGCCAGAAGCUGUGUCUGAUGACGUCUCACUUUGAGAGCUGUAAGGCCCACUCAGCGGAGCGGAUGAAGCAGCUGCAGGUGGUGAUGCAGAGGAUGAGGGAGGCGCCCGAAGAUGUCACCGUCCUGUUUGGAGGGGACACAAACCUGAGGGACCCAGAGGUGGCCAAGGUGGGCCUGCCCUCUAGUGUGUGUGAUGUGUGGGAACAACUGGGCAAGCAGGAGCACUGCCGCUACACGUGGGACACCAAAGCCAACAACAACAAGGCUGCUCCCUAUGUCAGCCGAUGCCGCUUCGACCGGGUUUACUUCCGCCCAGCAACAAAGGAUGGAGUCCCACGUCUUGCCCCCGACCACAUGGCCCUGGUGGGCCUGGAGAAGCUGGACUGUGGACGCUUCAUUAGUGAUCACUGGGGAAUCUACUGCAGCUUAUCUGCUGGGUAGAAAAUUACACAAAUUGCUAAAACAUGCAAUGUCCAGUGUUGUAUAUUCAGCUCUAACAUGGUUAUAUACAAUGAUGGCAUGUUAUUGUCGUAAAUUCAGCUACAGGAACAUUCAAACAUGGUCAAAUGUGUUAUUCCAGGUGUUAGGGUCAUUUGUCCCCCUCCUUGGAAUGAUCUCUGACCUAUGGUACAGUAUCUGGCCUGCUAAGGGAGGAGAAAAGAUUUAGCGGUUGAUUUCAACUUGAAGUUACUAAAAACAUGUCCAAAUUUAGGCAUUGACCCUAUGUGCUACGUCAUUUUAUCUAUAGAUCUGUUGUAAACAACUCCUCUUUAAAAGGUGUGAUGUCUCCGAGUCUCUAGAGCUCGUCCUGACCUGUGAAACUUCUGUGUAAUAAAUUCUGUUAUGCUGCAA